UGAACUAAGCAAAGGCAAGCAAAGGGGGAGAACCUGAUCUUAUAAAAUGAACAUGCUCAUUCAUUAAUCCGCUGUACCAAUAAGGGCCAGAAAAUGAAGCUGUUCCUAUUAAGCAACUUGCUGGCAUUUUUCUGCUCACAAGCCUAUGCAGUAACUAGAGAAUACUACUUUGGGAUUGUAGAAAUUGAUUGGAAUUAUGCACCUGGGACAAAGAACAUCAUAUCUGGGAAGCCCUUUUCAGAAGAUGAACAUGCUGGUGUCUUUCUCCAACAAGGCCCAAACCGGAUAGGAAGCACAUAUAAAAAAGCUGUAUACAUGCAAUUCACAGAUAAUUCAUACAACCACCGGGUUGAAAAACCUUCCUGGCUGGGCUUCCUCGGCCCUAUUGUUCAAGCAGAGGUUGAAGACAGGAUUGUUGUCCAUUUAAAAAAUUUUGCUUCUAGACCCUACACUCUUCAUCCACAUGGUGUCAAAUAUACAAAAGAAAAUGAAGGUGCUUUUUAUCCUGACAAGACCUCAGGUUCACACAAGAAAGAUGAUGCUGUGCAACCAGGAGAGCAGCAUGUUUAUAGGUGGACUGCAACAAAAGACCAUGGUCCAGCAGAAGGAGACAGUAACUGUAUAACUAGGAUUUAUCACUCACAUAUAGACGCCCCAAAGGAUAUUGCUUCUGGGCUAAUUGGACCUUUGAUUAUUUGCAAGACAGGAACACUACAAGAAGGAAAAGAUAAGGAUGUUGACCGAGAAUUUGUCCUGUUGUUCUCUGUGAUGGAUGAGAACUUCAGUUGGUACUUAGAUAAGAAUAUUGAGGAACAUUGUUCUGAACCUGACAAAGUUGACAAAGACAAUGAAGAGUUCCAAGAGAGCAACAAAAUGCACUCAAUUAAUGGAUACAUGUAUGGAUAUCUUCCCAAUCUCACAAUGUGUGCAGAAGAGAAAGUGAAAUGGUAUCUUUUUGGUAUUGGUAAUGAAGCUGAUAUCCAUUCAGUUUAUUUCCACGGGCAUGUCUUGAUGGAAAGGAAACAUCGAGUUGACACAAUCAGCCUCUUCCCGGCUACCUUUGUGGAUGCUCUCAUGGAGCCAAAGAAUGUGGGGGAAUGGCUGCUUAGCUGUCAAGUCAACGAUCAUAUAGAAGGUGGCAUGCAGGCCACAUUUGAGGUGAAAAGCUGUAACGGCCAUGGUUUGCCAUCCAAAUCGCGGACAAAUAUAAGACAUUAUUACAUUGCAGCAGAGGAACUCAUUUGGAAUUAUGCCCCAUCUGGAAUAAAUUAUUUCACAGAAAAAGAGUUAAUUAACGAUGAAGAUGCCAAGACAUUUUUUGAAGAAGGUGACAAAAGAAUUGGUGGAGCCUAUAGAAAAGCUGUUUUCCGUGAGUAUGAAACUGAUACAUUUGCAACCCGUGUGAGGAGACUCCCUGAAGAAGAACAUCUUGGAAUUUUGGGACCCAUAUUCAGAGCAGAAGUUGGUGACUUCAUCAUGGUGACUUUUCAAAACCGCGCAAGUCACCCUAUAAGCAUUCAGCCUCAUGGUCUAAGCUACAGCAAGAGCAAUGAGGGCUCCUUGUACAACACCAUCUCUGGAGGCACUGCAAGUCCAUCUUCACAUGUGAAUCCUGGCGACACAUUUAUUUAUGAGUGGGAAGUGCCAGAAACUGUGGGUCCUACUCCAGAAGAUCCGGAUUGUUUGACUUGGAUUUAUUAUUCAGCAACAGAUCCAAUUAAGGACACUAGCAGUGGCCUGGUGGGCCCACUUUUGGUGUGCAGGAAAGGGUCAUUGCUUCCCUCAGGAAAACAGAAAAAUGUAACCAAGGAAUUUUUCCUCCUUGCAACUGUAUUUGAUGAGAAUCUGAGUUUGUAUCUUGAUGAGAAUAUCAAACUCUUUACAAAACACCCUGAAGAGAUUGAUAAGGAAGAUGAAGACUUCCAGGAAUCCAACAAGAUGCAUUCCAUAAAUGGGUACAUGUAUGGAAACCUGAAAGGUCUUGAGAUGUGUAGAGGAGACAUUGUUUCUUGGCAUGUGAUUGGCUUGGGAUCAGAGGUUGACAUUCAUGGAAUACAUUUUUCAGGAAAUACUUUUUUGACUAAAGGGACAAGAAAGGAUACAGCUAAUGUGUUUCCCCAUACCUCUGUCACAGCUAUUAUGGAACCGAAGUCAGAAGGGAUCUUUGAACUGGCCUGCCUGACAACAGAUCAUUACGCAGGAGGUAUGAGACAGACAUAUGAAGUGAAGAGGUGUGCAUCAUCACCACGGUACAAUGAUGCAGAACCUAACCUACGUACAAUUUACAUUGCAUUCGAGGUGGUCGACUGGGACUUUGGCUCUGACAGGACAUGGGAACAGGAGAGGCAUCAGUUCCAUGAUGAAAGCCCAGGGAAUCCAUUCUUAAACAAAGAAGAUAAAUAUAUUGGGUCAAUAUACAAGAAAGUGGUUUAUCGGGAAUAUACGGAUGAAACAUUCAGUACACCCAAGAAAAGGAAGGAAGAAGAAGAGCACCUGGGAAUUCAAGGCCCCCUCAUUACUGCACAUGCUGGAGAUAAAAUUGUGAUUGUUGCAAAAAAUAAGGCGUCUAGACCUUUUUCUAUUUAUGCACAAGGAGUGAAAACUCCCUCUCCAGAUGUAGCAGAAACCAGUCCAGGUGCAGUACAGCAGUAUGUCUGGGAAAUCCCAGAGAGUUCUGGUCCUGCAGAAGGGGAUUCUGAUUGCAUCCCUUGGGCAUAUUAUUCAACUGUGGAUAAAGUUAGGGAUCUCUACACUGGAUUAAUUGGGACACUCUUAGUCUGCCGCAAGGAUCAGCCUCAACUCCACCAGCGUCAACUUCAAUUAGAAAACUCUCAAGGGAAAAUGUUUGGCCUUCUUUUUAUGGUAUUCGAUGAAAAUCAGUCUUGGCUUAUAGAUGAAAAUAUCAAGACCCAUUCUGCCAAUCCAGAAGCUGUGGACAAAAAUGAUGAGGAAUUUAUAGAAAGCAAUAAAAUGCAUGCCAUUAAUGGAAAACUUUAUGGAAACUUACACGGUCUUACUAUGCACGUCGGAGAUAAAGUCAGCUGGGCCUUGAUUGGAAUGGGGAAUGAAGUUGAUAUGCACACGGUGCAUUUCCAUGGCCAUAGCUUCGAUUAUAAGCUCACCAGAACCUACACGGGAGAUGUCUUUGAUCUGUUUCCUGGCACAUUCCAAACUGUUGAAAUGAUUCCAAGCAAUCCUGGAACUUGGUUACUGCAUUGUCAUGUGACAGACCAUAUUCAUGCCGGCAUGGAGACUGUCUACACUGUCCUCCCAAAAGAGGAGAAGUGAAGGUGAUACAGAAGUUAAACUCCCAUCACUGAAUGGCUUUGGGGAAAAAACGAUCAUCUAUUUCCAAGUGACAUAUUUUAAUCCCUGGUGAUCACAACAAAAAACAGAAUUUCCAGACAAAAGGAAUCUAGCUAAGUCACAGAAAUAACUAGUCUUUUUGUCUUAAUCAUUUUACAGCUCUUCUGGUAAAGAUUUUUUUUUAAAGAAAUUAAACACAGAUUAAACAACA